AGGCACAAAGAUUUCCUUCUGUGCAAACUCUUCCUUAAAAUCUCCAUCAAGACUCUCUCUGCGAUCAACCCUAACAAACGUUCAUGGCUGUCCGUAUUCCUCUUUUCCAAGUCCCUCCCUCGAUCGCAGCACCACCCCAACGUUUCUCUACGAAACUUCAUACUAGUGGACUCAAAUCUUCAAAAUCGAACGGUUUCUCGAUGUUUGCAGGAUUUUGUAUUGUAACGUGUUCUGCGUCGAAUGGGAGAGAACCUGACUCGAUAGACGAUAGCGUCAAGAGUGUAGAUCAGGUGCGUGAGGAGAAACGACACGCUCAAUUAUCGGCUCGGAUUGCUUCCGGCGAGUUCACUGCACGGCAAUCAGGGCAGAGGAUGAUGAAGUUAGUUAAUGAGAUUGUUUGUGAGAGGGCAUAUUGGCAGAGAUUCUAGAUUUUGUCAUGGGGAAGGGACUUAUUCCGGCAGAUGGGGAAAUAUGGUGUGUCCGGCGCCCUGCUAUAGUCCCCAGCAUUGCAUCAAAUGGUCUUUCGGAGAUCCGAGUAUCCACGGCCGAACCCCAUACAUCUUGCACUUUCUGCUUUGCCUUCUCAGUCACAUCCUGUGCUGUCUCUGUAAUCUUCCCUGCCACCCCUUUUGUCUUGUCUGUCGCCUACUCAAUUAUUUAUUAUUCAAUAGUAUUAUCAUGCAAAAAUUCAGAUAAAUAUGGGAAAAUUAAAUUAAAUUAAAUUAAGUUGUAUA